AUGGAAACUUUGAUGAUCAAGGCUGAUGUAGACGAGCCCAGGGACGCCACUAUGGCUAGGUUCCUCUCUGGCCUUAACCGAGACAUCCAAGACCGUAUGGAGCUUCAAGAGUAUGGUAGUGUGGAACAGAUGCUACACAAGGCCAUCUUGAUCGAGCAACAAGUUAAAAGGAAGAGUUUCUCAAAGCCGGCCAUUACCUCUAAACCGGCCUACUCUCCUAGACCGGCUUUUGCUCCUAAGCCAAGCUACCAAGACAAAGGUAAGUCUUCUUCCACAACACAUAAUGCUUUUAAAACUGAUGUCCCUGCUCGUGAUGACAAAGGAAAGGCAGUUGAUACUUCUGGCCGAGAUAAGCAGGAGAACAAAGAAGAUCUUCGUCCUAUCUUUGAUGAAGAGGACGAGUCCUUUGGAUAUCCGCAUCAAGGGCCUCUACUCGUUGCUAGGAAAGGCAUGGUCGAGUCUAUUUUCGAUGAGACGGACGACCGCUUGGUCGAUGGUUCCGACCCAGCCUUUGAUGAUGAGUCCAACCCGAUCUAUGAUGAGGAGCCUUGCUUCGACUAUCCAGCUCAUGGUCCUCUACUUGUCACAAGAAGAACUCUGAGUGUCCAACCCAAAAACAAUGAAAAGGAACAAAGGGAGAAUCUCUUUCAUUCUCGAUGUUUAGUUUCUGAAAAGGUUUGCUCUUUGAUUAUUGAUGGUGGGAGUUGUACUAAUGUUGCUAGUGACACUCUUGUCAGGAAACUAGGACUUGCUACUCGGCCUCUCUCUCGUCCUUUCAGGUUGGAAUGGCUAAACGAGGCUGGAGAACAGUAUGUGAAAGAGCAAGUCACUGUCCCUAUUACCAUUGGCCGAUAUGAGGACGAGGUCAUUUGCAACGUUCUUCCUAUGGACGCGUGCCACAUUCUCUUGGACCAGCCAUGGCAAUUUGAUAAGAGAGCCGUGCAUGAUGGCUUCACAAACCGACACUCCUUUGAUCAUAAAGGGAAGAAGAUCACACUUGUUCCUUUGACACCUUUGGAGGUUCAUCAAGAUCAGAUCCAGCUCAAGAGGAACCGUGACAAGGAAACCAAGCCAGAUGAACCUGAAUCAUCCCAACGGAACUCCAAUUUCUAUAUCAAACAAAGUCAGAAGUAUUCUGAUGUUUUUCCAGAUGAGAAUCCUAUGGGAUUACCUCCAGUACGAGGCAUUGAGCAUCAGAUCGACCUUGUUCCAGGCGCGUCUUUACCAAACCGGCCAGCUUACCGUACCAAUCCGGUAGAGACCAAGGAACUUCAGAAACAGAUUGGUGACCUUCUUGAGAAAGGCUACAUCGGGAAAGCCUCAGUCCUUGUGCCGUUCCUGUCUUCUCGUGCCCAAAAAGGAUGGUUCUUGGUGCAUGUGUGUGGACUGUCGUAUCAUCAACAACAUCACGGUCAUUUUCUUGUUGUCUACUUUGAUGACAUUCUUGUCUAUAGCAAAAACCUUGAAGAUCAUAAGAUGCAUCUCAAAUCUGUUCUUGAAGUUCUUAGGAAAGAAAAACUCUUUGCCAAUCUUGGUAAAUGCUCUUUUGGAACAGAUCACGUGGUGUUCUUAGGUUUUGUUGUAGGUGCUGAUGGACUUAGAGUGGACGAGGAGAAAAUCAAAGCCAUCCGAGACUGGCCAAGUCCUUCGACCGUGGGCGAGGAUAAGAAACCCAUUGCUUACUUCAGUGAGAAGCUUGGAGGUGCCACACUCAACUACCCCACCUAUGACCAGGAGCUAUAUGCUUUGGUGAGAGCUCUCCAAACGUGGCAACACUAUCUUUGGCCUAAGGAGUUUGUUAUCCACACGGACCACCAGUCCUUGAGACAUCUUAAGGGUCAACAGAAACUGAACAAGAGACACGCACGUUGGAUUGCAUGGAACCAGAUUGAUGUUCUCUACGACUGUCACCCACAAACUGAUGGCCAAACUGAAGUAGUGAAUAGAACUUUGUCUGCAUUGCUUAAAUCAUUGGUUAAGAAAAACCUUAAGCAUUGGGAAGAAUGUUUGCCUCAUGUUGAGUUUGCUUAUAACCAUGCUAUGCAUUCUGCUACAAAGUUCUCUCCUUUUGAAAUCGUUUAUGGCUUUAAUCCCUUAUCUCCACUUGAUCUUUUGCCUUUACCUUUGAGUGAAAGAGUUAGCACAGAUGGCAAAAGGAAAGCAGACACUAUCAAGAAGUUACAUGAGCAGGUUCAUGCAAACAUUGCAGCCAAAACCGAAAGGUACAAAAGAUAUGCCAACAGGAAGAGAAAGGAGGUGAUCUUUGAGGAGGGUGAUCUUGUUUGGUUCACUUGA